AUGGGCGGCACGGCGGAGCGAGGAUGGAGAGGAUUUCUCCCAUACUGUUCCAAAUUGCUGUGGCAGAGGCUGUAUAACCUUGAAAACUAUUUUGCAGACAUUCUCGCGAAGGAGAGUCCCCAACAGGUUCGAACUUUCACAACAAAGAUGAAUACUUCUGAACCGGUUUCGAAGAGCAAUGUGGAUAAAAGUCGGAGCGCGGAUAGACCAAGAAGUUCAACACCGGUGUUUUCGCAUAAAUUACGAUCCGAAGAGAGAGUAGCGCUGAGAGAUGCAAUUCCUGUCCUCUCUCCUGCAAAGAGAACAGAUUCGACGAGGUACGAAAUGCCUGGCAAUCGCAAGGUGAUUGAUCACGAAGAGGUCAAUGUAUCUGCUGAAUCCUUCAGAAAUCCAAGCUCACUCAGGAGAUCGCAGACAAAGAUUUCUCAGUCAAGCGAUUUGGAGACGGACGAGCUGGCAACCAGCGAACUCUUUCCAAUCCGGAUUGUACUACAAACAUCUUCUUCAUUGACACCAACAAUGAACGCUGAAGAAGACGAGGAAGCUGCUGAAGCAGCGGAAGCGUUAGAGACAUCAUGUACAACUUUCAGUGACCCUCUGGAAGAUUCACCUUCACUGGAUACAGCAACUCUUCAGUCUAGCGCACCCUUGUUCAGAGUUGCAGAUAUCGAGGAAGUAAUUAAGCAGUAUGGGAGGGAAGUCGAGAAGUUCCAGUUCGAUAAAGCUCGAGGAACUAUAGAACGCUACACUCAGUCGACGUCGAAACCAUCUACUGUAAUGGACGAAAAGGAUGUGUCCUGGGAUACUUUAUUGUCAUGUUUAGCCGCGAUUGCGAAUUGUGACAAAAACUACUAUCUUCUGUCCUUUCUCCAACCUAAGGCAUUCUUCCGUAAAGAAAAUGCUUUGAAGAAUCAGUACUAUCAGAUUAGCGAAAAGUUGAUGCACGCAUGCUCGCCGGUAACGCUUUCUGAUGAUGGAGCAGGUUCUGCGAAUCCUGCCGACCGCAUGCUAGCGCAAUGUAGACAGUAUGUACUGGCUCGAGUGGAAAUGAUAAGCAUUUACACAACAAUCGCAAGCCUAGCAAAUGAUCGAACAAUUCUCUGGGAUUCUCUACAUGCUCGGGGCAUAAGAGUAGCGGAAGUGCUGAAAUCUUGUCAACACCCCAUUCUUUUCUCGAUGACUCAGCUGCUUUCCGGUGAAAUUGAUGUUCUUUUACUGCUUGUUUCUGCACAAAUCCAGAUAUCAAAUUGCAAGAUGUUCGAAAGUCUUCUACAACUGAAAGAAAUACGCGAGAGAUUUGAUCUUUGGAUUCGCGAUUCACAUUGUUUAAAUAGUGUGAACAGAUCUGUUUUCUACUUCUUUAGGUCGAAUGAAAAACUGCCACAAAAUCGUCUCAUCAGUUGGUUGAUUCAGUUCUACAACUUGCUCAUGGCGAAAUUUUCAUUGUAUUUUACAAACGUUCUUGCCAAUUUUUGUAGUGUGGAUGACUUAAAAAUAGUUCACACGAUAGAUAACGGGUAUAACUUCAUUUCGAAUGCAACUCAACUUGUUAAAAAAACGGAUGCGAUUUGUUUGGCAAUUGUUAUGGAUAGGGAAAAGUGUACUGACAGCUUUUAUGGAUUUGGCUACCAUCGUUUGGAAAGUCGCUUCACACCUGGCCCACCAACGGAGCCUAGAAAAGGAGUGGCUGCUCUUUGCCCAGCCGUGUUUCGUCUGCCAUCCCCUGUUGAAGGACACAAAUCGGCGCAAUCCCACAACGAUGUGUUCGAGAAGUAUCAAGGGCAUAUUUACGAUUUCAUCGAGUCGAAUCUUCGCCACCCUGCAAAAAGCAAGUAUUUCUAUGAUGUUGAGAAAGACCACUGCAUGUUCGGGGACAUAGUGGAAGCCAAGCUAUAUAUUGUAGUGGUGUAUGCUGGCAGAGUAUGCGAAAAGGACGCCAGUGUUCUGACGUUCAUCCAGCAAAUGACAACUUCAUUGAGGGGAUCGCGCUUAUUUCUAUCUUUGAAGAAUGCAGCAAAAUGA